UGCGGGCCCGAAGAUAAAGUUGCAUUAGUAAGCGGAGCGAGAGAUAAGGUUAGCAUCUGGGAAGCUAUAACUCCUCGUCUGCCAUCGCUGAAGGAAUAUGUUAUAGAGUCAAGUGAAACGAUAGUUGAUGUCGAUUGGCUAUAUACUUCGUGCGGAGGGCUCGUUUUGGCAGUUGCAUCUGCUCAAAAGAUAACAAUCUAUACACGACUCCGUAAGAUUGACACUCUAGUGCGAGAAUGUUGGAUCGCAUUAACUGAUAUUCAAAUACCACUUGCGUCUCAGUCGGUAUCAGCCAUUGCUUGGGUAAGCAGCGGAACGUUAGUAGUAGCAUCUGGUAAUCAACUGAGAUGUUAUAGCAAGUGGAUGAAUGCAGCAAAGCUUCGCCAAGUCUCCAGAAUGACUGGGAUCAAUGAAAAGCUUCCUACUAUAUUUCAUGCCGUUAGCCAUGUGAACGGGCCGCUGCCCCAUCAUCAUCCGAGCGUACUUCUUCAAUACUUAUUAUGGGGGAAGAUGGAUCUCGUUAAGCUAGUCCUAGUACACCUAUAUAAUCACUUGAAACUCCUCGUUGACGCGAAGAGGCCAAUUACGCGAAUUCUUCCGGUUCCUUUUGAUAAAUUAUUUGAAGAAGAUUCGCCACCGGCGGUUACUCCAAAAAAGAGUAGAUAUAGUGAGCUGUUUGGAGAUGAUAGCGAUGGUGAUAGUUCACAUUCGGGAGUUUUUGAAUUCACUGAGGAGGAAGCCGAUUUUUUAAGCGAACAUUUGAAAAAAGUAUCAUUACCGGAUCUAUCAAACAUAGAACAGGCUCAGUUGCUUGCACUUGUCAACACAAUAAUGCAGGUUGAAAGUCAAAAACGUAGUUUAGAUGAGAAUGGUGUACGAUACGUCAUAUUUAUGCGAAGAUAUCAUUACUUAAAUCGUGCUUCACUCUCGGGAGUUCCUCGGGAAUCUGGCUUGAGCUAUCGUGACAUGAGUUGGGCACUGCACAGCGAAUCACAGGAUCUGUUAAUUGAAUACAGUAUUGCUGCAUCCGGUGGUAAAUUUUUAUGGAAGGAUGCAAGGAACCAUGGAAUAUUCUUAUGGCUUAGGAACAUUGAGACUGUGCGACAACAAAUGGAAUUAAUGGCCCGUAACCAAUAUCUAGAGGACAGAGAUCCUACCAGCAGUUCACUGUUUUACAUGGCAUUGAGAAAAAAGAAAUUACUGCUUGGACUCUGGAGGACGGCCAAUAGUCACAAAGAACAAGCUAAACAUCUCCAGUUUCUGGCUAAUGAUUUCGACGAGCCAAAGUGGCAGACAGCUGCGCUGAAGAAUGCUUUUGCGCUACUUGGAAAACAACGAUAUGAGUAUGCAGCCGCGUUCUUUCUUCUUGGCAAUAAAUUGAAAGAUGCUGUGAAUGUAUGCCUGAAACAUCUUGACGACUUCCAGCUGGCUAUUGCCAUUUGUCGUGUGUACGAAGGUGAUGAUGGGCCAGUGUUGAAGAGUGUGUUUGACGACUAUGUUAUUCCACUUGCAGUUAAAAAUAAAGACAGAUGGUUGGCCCAUAUAGUUUACUGGUUUAUGAAUCAGAGAGACCGAGCUAUCAAGGCUACUAUGCUUCCAUUGGACGAAUUGCACCUACGACACUACCAACCCACUAGUACUUAUGAUACAUCGUCCCAUGAUGCAGCAUUAAUAGUAUUGUACAAACAACUAAAGGAGAAAUCAGUUCAAACAAUUCGAGGUGCAUCCGAAAUAUCAGCUGAGAUCGAAUACACGCUCGUUCUACGUACAAUAUUUGCAUAUGAACGCAUGGGGUGCCCACUGUUAGCACUCCAUCUCCUUAAAACGUGGGUGUUCACAUCGGACAUAGCUUCAUCCGAGUUUUCACAAAUUUCACCAUCAAGUCCGACAUCAUCCCUAAAGCGGUUGCGUUCUCGCCGUCGAACAACUAUUCUCGACGUUCCCUUGAACAACGACAACAUAUUCUCGAGCGGAGUAGUUAGCGCAGAUGAUUGGGGGUGGAGUGAGCCACAGACUCCGAGGAGCAGACACGGAAGUUUGAAGUUGGUAACAGAUAUAUUUUCUGAUGAGCCUGACAGUGCUUGCAACACUACUACCCUCCUUCAUGACAAAGAUCUUGGAAUGUAUAAAUAUUCUCUAGUUAAAAGAUUAUCCGAGCAAUUUAUAGACGGUGUUGCUAUAAUCAUGGGAGACUUGGAAUUGUUCGAAAGAAAAGCUAUUUAUCAGGAUUACGUUGAAAUGCUCAAACAAGGGUUGAAUAAUAUAUGCGAAGCAGCGGGCAUGCCCGUGAAAGAUAUGGAAGAGACGUGCACAGAAGUAGACUAUUACGCUCUUCCGUUCUAUCUUCUCAACCGUAACCUAUUCUCAGAAGAUGUCACUAAACGGAUAUCAACGACAUUAGUUAAUGGCUCAUGUGCGAUGGCCAUGUUGGCUUUCGGACCUACAAAGUCAAGGCAGGGUAUCGAUGAUCAUUCGAUGAAAUGGGCCAAGAAUACUCUUUUAUCAAUCAAUGAAUGGAUUUCCGUGUUGAACAAUAGUACUAACAACGACUGUGACGACAUUGAUACGGCUCGUAAAACUACGACUACUCAUGAUAAGCAUGACGCCGAUGUCCAACGCAACACUCCUUCACCUGAAUAUGACCCUUGCCAACCGUCAGUGGGCGUCCAGAAAAUAGCACUUGCAUCUUACCUAACCCUAACUCUCCUCUCGGUUCGUCAACAAGAAUAUGACAUAGCAUGGUCAUGUGUCUUCAAUGCCACCAAGUUUUUCCAUAGUUCAAUCGUUAUCGCUUCUGACCUGUCCAGCGUAGUGCGAGACAUCAUACACGGAAUAUCCGACCAACCAGUCGCCACUAAUAACAACUUUGGCUAUGAUAAUGAGGAUAACGCAUACGAGAACUGGAGCGAGGAUGCUGAUAGAGACGAUAUCUUUUGUGCCUACGAUCAGACAUUGGCAGCCGAAAUAUUGCAGGUUGCCACUAUUAAUCAUUUGGUGUACUUGUUGGAGAAGUUUUUACAUACUUGCAGUUCAUCAAUUGGAGAUGAGAUUGAGCCAUUCAUUACUACUGCGUAUCUUGAGUCUAUGAUCGAAUAUUCAACUAAUAUGGAAAGAGAAGUGAUGAGAGCAUUACCCGAGCCUACAUAUGACAUGAUUCCCAAAAUAAUCCGUGAUCCUAAACAGCAGCAAUUCUGGAAUUCAUUGAGGUGCACGAACCAUAUCAAAAUAUUAUUACCUAAUUUCAUCAUGCCUAGCACUUAUGAAUCAUCAUCGAAACCGGCUUCUGUAAUUGAACAGGCUGAUGUCGAACGGUAA